GAAAAUGUUCACCAUUCGGUUAUGUUCGUUAUCUUUGAACAAACAAUCACCUCUUCUGGUGAGAAGUUUAUUCACAUCGAAUGUUAAUUGUGCGAUGCUUCAAUCACCCAGAGGAACAUUGAAAUAUGAAGAGAAAUACGGAGAAUUUGUCGAAGGAGAUUUCAAGACAAGAUGGAGAUUAUUAAAGGAAGAAUUCCAGCAGAUGAAAGAGUUUUACAGUGUAUGGGACAAUUGGUCUCGAUAUGUUUUCAAGAGAAAACUAAGAAAUCCCAUGAAAAACUAUAGAACCAUUUGCUUAGACGAUGAAUUUAUCAUCUCCGAUUUCAGUAAACCCGAAGAUUUAUCAAAAUGGAAGCUUGGGUCAGAUAGAAUUUGGAAUGAAGGUUAUUCUACAUGCAGAUUAGAACAAAAUAACGGAGGUUAUGCCACUUUCUCUGGUUACCUUGAUUCAAUCAAUUUACCUAAAGAUGGAACGAUAUCUAGAGUUGGUUAUGUAAAUAUGACGCUUUUCGAAGCUCCCGAGUUCGUGGCAUCUGACAGUAAUAUCGAAUUUGAUAUCGAAAAAUGGACUCACUUAACGAUGAAAAUAAGAGGCGACGGUAGACGUUGGAUGGUUAUUCUCGGUCAAAGAGGUUAUUCUAAUCAAAAUUGGGAUGACAAAUAUUUAACAUGGCUGCCGACUCAUGGAGGACCGUAUUGGCAAGAAGUUAAAAUACCGUUUUCUAAAUUUUUCCUGGGAGCUUUUGGUCGUAUGCAAGAACCACAAGUUCGCGUGGCCCCAAAUCCCAUCACGUACAUUGGAUUAACUUUAAUGGAUGGACGAACCGGUCCAUUCAGAUUAGAUGUCAAAAGUUUAGGAUUCCUUCAGGAUUACAGAAACUAUGAAGAUUUUGCUUACGAAAGUUACUAUGUUCCAGAGCAUCGAUAUCCUUAUCUGGAUUAAAUUUGUGUACAUUUAAGUUUCUAAACAAUUUACAUUGAUUAACUGGUUGUCACAAUAUUUAGAACUCAACUGAUUAUAAUUUCUACACAGGAAAUCAUUUUAUCCUUGAGCAAAGAAAAGUGUAAUUGAUAUUAAAUGACAUCGAUCACUUGGAAGAAAUGAAAAUUGAUGAGAAAAUAUAUCAUAAUAGCUUGUAAAUUAACCAAUAAAAAUUUACUUUAUUGAUCAUCAA